GGGGCAUCUCCAGAGACGCAAAGAGUUUGUAACCUUUAGGACAGUUGCAAGUAGAGCUGUCCCCUAGGAGGGAGCAAAGAAAGUCUCAUCAGAAUGCAGAGGGCCUAGAUACAGGUCCCCUAGGAAUCAGUUUACUAUCGUGGCUGCUUUGCCUGGACCGGUAGCAUGUGGUGAAAGGAUGGGGCUUUUCCCUCUGGAGGCUCACAAUGGCCAGAGAAGACUCCGUGAAGUGUUUGCGCUGCUUGCUCUACGCCCUCAACCUACUCUUUUGGUUAAUGUCCAUCAGUGUCUUGGCAGUUUCUGCUUGGAUGAGGGACUACCUGAAUAAUGUUUUAACUUUAACCGCAGAAACAAGGGUAGAAGAGGCUGUCAUCUUGACUUACUUCCCUGUGGUUCACCCGGUCAUGAUUGCAGUUUGCUGUUUCCUUAUCAUCGUAGGAAUGCUGGGGUACUGCGGAACGGUGAAAAGGAAUCUGUUGCUUCUUGCAUGGUACUUCGGAACGUUACUCGUCAUCUUCUGUGUAGAACUGGCUUGUGGUGUGUGGACAUAUGAACAGGAGGUUAUGGUGCCAGUACAGUGGUCAGAUAUGGUUACUCUGAAAGCCAGAAUGACAAAUUAUGGCUUACCCAGGUAUAGAUGGCUUACGCACGCUUGGAAUUAUUUUCAGAGAGAGUUUAAGUGUUGUGGCGUGGUGUACUUCACUGACUGGUUAGAAAUGACAGAGAUGGACUGGCCUCCAGACUCCUGCUGCGUUAAGGAGUUCCCAGGAUGCUCCAAGCAGGCUCACCAGGAAGAUCUCAGUGAUCUUUACCAAGAGGGUUGUGGGAAGAAAAUGUAUUCCUUUUUGAGAGGAACCAAACAAUUACAAGUACUAAGGUUUCUGGGGAUCUCCAUUGGUGUGACACAAAUCCUGGCCAUGAUUCUCACCAUUACUCUGCUCUGGGCUCUAUAUUAUGAUAGGCGGGAGCCUGGAACAGAGCAAAUGCUGUCUCUGAAGAAUGAGACUUCUCAGCACUUGUCAUGCCACUCGGUGGAACUGUUAAAACCAAGCCUUUCCAGGAUCUUUGAGCAUACAUCAAUGGCAAACAGCUUCAAUACACACUUUGAGAUGGAAGAAUUGUAAAGAACGUCAAAGAAGGAAAUCACCACUUUGUGGGACUAGCGAGUCUUGGAGUACACAGUUAUCUAGUUCAGAAGAGUUUAGACAUAUUAAUAGUCUGCAAAGGACUGUCUAAGUACACAAUUUUCACUCUUUAAAACAAAGAGAGGUUCCACAUGUUAGCAUGGAAACAAUAAUUGGUGCCCUUUAAAAUGCUGAAGACAGAGUUAAUAACCACUGUGCAUUUCUU